AACCACUGGCAUGAAGUCAGCACCCAAUCCACCGACCCAGUCAUCAAGCCCAUUGCCACGCACAUGGUCGGAUGGAUGCACUACCUCGGUCGGGGUACCGUGCGCGACGAGCAGAAAGGUGUCAAGAUCAUCCGAGACACCAAAUCCGAUGAGUUCAAGCUUGGAGAGGAUGAAUGUCUGGCUGGAUACAAUCAUGCCGACUCCAAUUCACCCACGUCCUGCAAGUUCAUCCAAUUGUGCCAGCUGGGAUCGAACCGAGACUGGCUCUGCAGACAGCUAAUGGCUGUGUGCUUCUUCAACGGUUUUGGAACCACAAAUGACCGGAAGAAGGCAGCAGGCUUAUUCGAACAACUCGCCAAUGACGGCCACAGCGUCAGCCAGUACUGGAUUGGAUUGUGCUUCUGGAGUGGCGGAGGAGUAUCAGAGGACAACGAUAAGGCAUUCAAGUGGUUCAGCAAGUCGGCUGACCAAGGUAAUUCGUAUGGGCAGGUUAUGGUUGGCGUGUGCCACUAUCAUGGAUACGCAGCCACUCGUGACUACACCAAGGCAGCUGAGUGGUAUCGCAAGUCGGCCGAGCGGGGCAAUCGAUACGGACAAGAAGAUCUCGGCCAAUGCUACAGAUAUGGCCGUGGUGUCCCCAAGAACAUCGACACCGCCGUCUUCUGGUACCAAGAGUCCGCCGACCAGGGUAACAGAGAAGCCAUCGACAAACUCACGCAACUCGGCAAGUGGCCCUGAUCCCCAAGUCCCUCUCCCAAACAACCAAAUCCCAACGCUGAACGUGCGAUCCGAGCAGCCAACCAAACUGCGCCGCCAACACCCAUCCCAGAUACCAUGGUACCAAAGAGUGGACUUGCAAAGUGAUUCCUAUGAAGCGGCAAUGGCCGAGUGUUGUAUUUGAUAUUCAAUACAUCCAAUACAUCCAAUACAUCCAAUACAUCCAAUACAUCCAAUA